AUGGGGCUAGACUCUGAUGGGGUUGUCCGAGGAGGUGAAGAAAUCUGCAAGAAACCUAAAGGAAAGGAGAAACCUGGGGUGGGGGAGGGGAAGAACAUUCCAGAAGACAAGCGCAAAGGCUCCAGCCUUGCACUGAGCUGCGACUCAAACCCCAGCGGUGUGUCUGCAGGCUCCCCUGAGCUGAGUCAAGCCACAGAACACGGUGCCAGCCGCUCCAGAGCCCCUCGGGGGGCCGCCCACCGCCCACCGCCCGGGGUGGAGGAUGAGGAGCGAGCUCUGGAUUCUAGGUUCAGGUGGGACCAAGGGUCCAAGCCAGUCCAAGGUGAGGACUUUAUCCGAUCCCACCAGGCCCCCACCUCCCCACCCCAACCCCGCUGCCACGGAGGAGAAAAGCCCAAGCGCCCGCCAGUUCCUAACCUCCAAACCCGAGCGCCUUCCCGCCAACGGCCCCGGGCCCGGGAGGGCCGCUUCAAGGGCGCGCGGGGCGGGCGCGCGGGCGGCACGUGGGGCGCGGCCAUGGCGGCCUCCAGCGCCUGCGGGGAGCCGGGCCCCAGCGGCGCCCAGGCAAAAAUAGACCUCUUACUGGUUGGAGAUGUCAUUGUUGGGAACCUGGCCGAUAAUGUGCAGAAGUUAUUUUCAAAUACAGCGAAAGUCCGAGUAACCAUGAGUGAUGUGAAGCAGGCGGCAGCGUUUUUGGCUGAGUGCAUGUUCAACUUGGUUUUCCUGAAGAAGGCUUCCUUACCAAACGCCGAGGAGCUGGAAGCUGUCAAAUUAAUUAGGUUUGGCAAGAAGAAAAAUACACAUUUGCUGUUUGUUCUUAUAAUUCCUGAAAAUUUUGAAGAUUGUAUUUCAGGGCAUGGAGCUGAUAUUAUUUUAACUGAACCACUGACAAUGGAAAAAAUCAGUUUUGUGGUACAUUACUGGAAAACAUAUUUCUCAAAUACUGUUAAGAAGGAAAAUGCCCUGAGGCCCGAGGAACCCAGCCUGCCCCUGCAGACGCCUUGCAGCGAGCACCUGGGAGGUUUCUCCACUGAUCUCAUCACCCGCUCUGAAUCUCUAGGAGGUGGCCUUGGACUUGAACUAAAGGUAUCAUUGUCUGAUUUCAAGAAAAGCAAGAUUUCUCUUCUUCAUUCAAGCAAGGAAAAGCUGAGAAGGGAGCGCAUCAAGGAGAGCUGCGAGCAGCUGCGCGCGCUCCUGCCCCCGCGCCGGGGCCGCAAGAACGACGCGGCGUCCGUCCUGGAGGCGGCGGCCGAGCACCUGCGGCAGCUGCGGGAGCGGCUCCCCCCGGCCGCGCUGCGCCAGAUUACAGAAGUGCUUCAGAGCAACAGGAGGUUUUGUAAGAAACAGCCGAUGCUGGACCAGCUGUCCCUCCCAGGCCCAGUCGUGGCACAGAGAGAAAACUGUGCGUUGACAAACACGCACUCACCCGUGGGAGAGAUCAGAUUCCUGGCUGAUAAGUGUUUGAGCAUGUGCUCCGUUCCUGCUGCGGGGGACCCCUUGCACGGAGCCUUGAAAGGCCCUUCAAGCUCCGCCUCAGGAAACGCUGUCGGUGAGCUGUACAGAAGCCUGGGUCCCGGGGCCGCGCUCUCCCUCAGCUCCUCCCACGCGGCUCUGCCCGUCAGGGUCUGUCCCAGGGGGGCCUCGCUGGACACGGCCGCCGGCACCAGUCCCAGCCUUGCCACCCGCUUCCCGCUGGCCGUGCCCGGAGCCGCCCGGGCUCCUCAGCAUUGCCUCUCCUCGCCGGGCCAGGCCCGCAUGGCUCGCGCCGCCUGCCUGCAACAGGUUUGGGCAUAUGAAUAGCACAUACGAAUGUUUGAAAUUCAGGCUCUAGACCCCCUGUUGGGCACCGUUUGACAACACAGGAAGACUGGAACAAAGGAUGAUCUUGAAAGCUGCACCCAGAGACCCAAAAUCAAAAACGUUGGCAUUGUGUGGCUUCUGAUAAAUGUGCUAAAAGCUUCUGCAGCCAGGAAGAGGGCAGGGGAAGUGCUAUUCAUGUGCUCUCACUCAUCUUUGUAUAUACGGGGAUCAUCUUCAACCAGGGCACUAAGAACAAAUGGCUUAGGUGACCUAGGUUCCUUUUUUUUUUUUCUCAAAAAAUAUUCCAUGAUUUAUGACAAAAGAACACUAUAAAAAAAUCGAUGUAGAUGAUGAGAUUAGGAAGGUUGGGAAACCCAGGUGUCACUGGCUACAGACACUGCAGCUUUAUUCUUAUAUUUAGUAUCUCUGAAUUAUUGUCACUUAUUUCUAAGUGAUGUUUUUUCUCAAGUUGAUAUUUUAGAGCACUUCCUUCUUUAUACUCAAAAUACGUAGAGAUACAGCAAGAGAGGUGUUUGCCUUCUCACGUGACUGCUGAUAAAUAAAUUAAUGUGUUUGUUCCGCCCUUGCACAGUCCCUCCAGUGAAAUGGAUGCUCAUCGGUACCUUUUUCCUUCUGGAUCUUUAGUCACAGACUAGCAGGUCUUUGCUUUCAUUGUUUUUAUUCUCCUCUUCCCUAAGCGUGUUAGAAAAGAUGGCUGGAAACACGGGGAGAAAGAUGUUCAUUUUAUAUUUCACUGAAACACUCUUAACACUUGACAUAAGUUUUAUUGUUAAAGAAGAUACUCAGUUUUGACCCUGAAAAAUGGUUUGUUUUGAUUAGUGAGUAUGUGUUCCUUCUCAGUAGUGCUAUGUUAGGAAUUUAAUUUUACUAGAUUUUAUUUAAAAAGUUUAAAAAUUGUUUUAGGCACAGCCUAAUUUUCAUGUUAAAUUGUGUAACUUUUCUGUGGGGAUGCCAAGAGGAUGGACUCUGUCGAUGGUUGACAUACUUGAUAAAGGACCUAGAGGUCUCCUGCCGGGGCUGCCUGCUUGUUGUUACAGACGCGUCCUGGGACCGCUUGCUCCUGCCCGCAGGGGAACCAGCUGCAGCGUGUCGGGC